CCCUCCGGCCUUUGUGUUUUUAUGUCAAUGAUAUCAUAUGAUAUCAUAUCAUUGACAUGGUUGACAUGACCUAGUUAUACAUACAAUUAUAUACAAUUAAUUAAGCUUAGUUAGAAUCUGUCAAUCUUUAUAACCGUUCAAAAUAUUGUGCUUUACAUUAUAAAAUGAUGCAUACCACAAGAGCUGACACUUCUGAAAGACGAUUUGAAAUACAAUGUAAACUAGAGGCAGAGAUUGUUUCUUUAGAAGUAUUAAAGGAAGCCGAAGAGCGAAGUAGGAAAUUAACUAACAACGUCGUAGGAAUUCUUUCUUCUUUGGAGCAACGUCUUGCUACAUUGCGGCGUACCAUCCUUCCUGUGUACAAUGAAACAGGAAAUCUUCAAGCGCAGCAACAAAAUAUCGAAAGAACCUUAAACGCUUUGGAUCAUGCUAUUGGCUACUACGGAGUAUGUCAAGAAGUAGAAGGAGCUGUGCGAACAGGUCCAGGAGGCUCCGGAGAUUUAGACAAUUUUUUAGAAGCAAUGAAUCGUCUCUACAAUGCACAACGAUACUUUCAAAAGAAUAAUCCCAGUUCCGUAGAAUUAGAAAACGUAACAAGUUUGUUUGGUGUCGGACUAAAUGCUUUAUACGCAGAAUUUAAUGAUAUCUUAACUAGGCAAAGUAAGCCUAUCCUUCCAAUCGUUCUCCUGGAUCUAAUCGGUUCAGACGAAGACACCAGUGGGGAAGAUGCUCCGCAGUCUCUCUGUCCAUUACCAGAAAGCAUCCUAGGAGACUUACUCAAAAUCACUGGCUGGCUCGAAGAGAGAGGACACCACAGACACGUAGAGAUCUACGCAUCUGUACGUUCUACGAUUGUUUUGAAAUCGUUGCAAUUGUUAAAAGAACAUCAGAGGAGUGCCAGCGGUGGCAGUACGCAUGCAGGAAGUCCUUUACCAAAAGCAAAGUUUGGCAAUAGAUAUUCGCUAGGAACCCAAGAAGCCAGUGGAAGGAGAGCUUCUAAAAGAUUGCAACACGCUCUUGAGAAAAAAGCUAACAGGAUGCUGUUGAAAGCUUCGCAAACUACUGGUUUAGGCUUGUCACUGACUACAUCUAGAAAACCUCAGCCACAGUUAUCCGUACACUCGGUAGAGGACACAGCACCUGACGAACAAGAGAUGGAGAAUUAUCUCCUCUUGACAGUUGGUCUCCACAAACUUAUGCAGGCAGAAAGAUCUCUUGUCGCUAAGAUUCUGCCAGCUACUUUACAGGCACAAGUCCUAGAAGCUACCGUGCGGGAUGCUAUGGACCUCGUAGCUCACGAUGGAGAGAGCAUAGCGACUCGUGCCAAAAGGUGUAUAGUACGACGCGACUUUUCGGCAGUAUUAGUGAUAUUUCCUAUUUUAAAGCACCUCGGAGAAUUAAAACCUGAUCUAGAACGCACUGUGGAGGGUUGUGAUCUAGCUCUCAGAUCAAAAUUCACUUCCGUGCUCAACACUCUAAACAUAACUGGAGCAAAAGCACUAGAAGACUUCGCAGAGAGUGUUCGAAACGAAUCCAACUCGGUUCUACCAAAAGAUGGUACAGUAGCAGAAAGUACAAGCAAUGUAUUAGUGUUUUUGGAACAACUAGCAGAGUACGCAGACACUGCAGGAGUUGUUUUGAGAAGUAGUACGGAUAUGGAAGGUACCAUUUCCAUGAAACAAACGGAGAACAUGUACAAGAUUGUUUUAGGAACAUAUAUCAAGAAAGUAUUAGCUCAGUUAAAUUUAGCACUCUUGAGCAGAAGUGACACUUGUUACUCAGAUGCUGCACUGAGAACACUUUUUCGAUUGAAUAAUCACAAUCAUGUUGUGAAUGCUCUACGCCGUAGCUCUCUAAUGGAAUUGCUGUUACUAGCUGAGCCUACCGCAGAGCAGACAUACCAUGAUCUUUUACUCCGUGACAAAACUAGUUAUGUUUUCAACACUUUUGCGAAAGCACGUACCUAUCUUGAACCUUUCGACGAAUCAGGACCAGUAGCGAAAACAUUGAAAGAAAGAUUUUUGGGAUUCACAAAAGAAUUGGAAGAUGUGGCAAAGUGUCAACGCUCUUAUUCCGUACCAGAUGCUCGAUUGAGAGAAGAAUUAAGGAAUGAACUCCAACAGAACAUCGUUCCUCUUUAUACAACUUUCCAUAACAAAUAUCAUGGAAUAUCGUUUUCUAAGAACCCGACAAAAUAUAUAAAAUAUACUCCUAAACAAGUAUCUGCGUUGAUUAACACAUUUUUCGACACGACGGCGUAAUGAACAACUAAACGAAUUUAAUAAACACCCAUUUAAUAAAGCAUAUUUAGUUACAGUA